UUCAUUCCCAAAAUCCACCACCUACCCUUUUUCUCCUCAUUUCUCUUUAAACCACUCCACCCUUUCCAUGCUACUCACAUAACUAACUCACACACAAUUAACUAUCUAAUCACACAAAAACUCCAAAACACAUUCUAAAAAGUUAAAAUAAAAAAUGGUGGCCAAUCCGCGGUUCGAGCCGAUAUCAAGAUGCAGCCGCGACGGCCGGUCGGACCAAACCGUCGCGGCCGACUUAGACGGCACUCUCCUCCGGUCCAACAGCCCAUUCCCCUACUUCAUGCUCGUGGCGUUGGAAGCCGGCAGCUUAAUCCGCGCCUUAACUCUCCUCGCAUCGGCCCCUUUCGUCUAUUUCGUGUACGUGUUCGUGUCCGAGUCCCUAGCCAUCGAGGCGCUCGUGUUCGUGGCCUUCGCGGGGCUGAAGGUCCGCGACAUCGAGCUCGUGGCCCGGUCCGUGAUCCCCAAGUUCUAUGCGGAGGACGUCCGGCCCGACGCUUGGGAGGUUUUCGAUUCAUUCGGGAAGAGGUGCAUCGUGACUGCGAAUCCGAGGAUCAUGGUGGAGCAUUUCGUGAGGAAUUAUUUGGGAGCGGAGAAGGUGCUCGGGACAGAGUUAGAGGUCACGGGAUCGGGCCGGGUCACGGGGUUUGUGAGGAGGCCCGGCGUGCUUGUGGGUGGCCACAAACGGGCCGCAGUCGUUAGGGAGUUCGGAGAUGACGUGCCGGAUUUGGGACUCGGUGAUAGGGAGACUGAUCAUGACUUCAUGGCUGUGUGUAAGGAGGGAUACAUGGUACCUCGGACCAAAACCGAAGCAUUGCCGAGAAACAAGCUUCCAGCCCCGACCAUCUUCCACGAGGGGCGUCUGGUACAGCGCCCGACGCCCCUCGUGGCGCUGGCCACGUUCCUAUGGAUGCCUAUCGGCAUCGCUUUAUCUCUCACAAGGGUCUACCUCAACAAAAUCCCUCUCCCCGAGAGGAUCCUCCGCUACACCUACACGGCGCUCGGGAUCAAGCUCAUCGUCAAAGGAUCCCCUCCCCCACCCCCGCGCCCCGGCCACAGCGGCGCCCUCUUCGUAUCCAACCACCGCACCGUCCUCGACCCCGCAGUCAUCGCCGCCGCCCUUGGAAGAAAGGUCAGCUGCGUCACCUACAGCAUCAACGAAUUCUCCGCGCUCAUCUCCCCAGUCAGCGUCAAGCGCCUGCUUGAGGAGGGCGAUCUGGUCAUUUUCCCGGAAGGGACCACGUGCAGGGAGCCGUUCCUGCUCCGGUUCAGCGAACUCUUUGCGGAGCUGAGCGACCGGAUCGUGCCGGUGGCGAUCGACGCGAGGCAGAGCGUUUUCUAUGGCACGACGGCGCGUGGAUACAAAGCGCUGGACCGGUUCUUCGUGUUCAUGAACCCGAGGCCGACGUUCGAGAUCACGUUCCUGGACGAGCUGCCGCCGGAGAUGACUGUGAGGGGCGGGAAGACGGCGAUCGAGGUGGCGGAUUAUACACAGAGGGUGGUGGGGGAAACGCUAGGGUUUGAGUGCACGAAUUUGACGAUGAAGGAUAAGUAUGUAAUGAUGGUGGGAAGAACGAAUGGGCGCUUGCAUUCGAAGAAAGAGAAUGAUUGUGAAGACGAAGACAAGAAGUAGAUUGAGCCCAAAGAAGUUUAGGUUUGUGAGAUUGUGAUAUGAAUGGAUCCAAAAAUAACACCAAAGAAAAUUAAUUAAUAGUAGUACUAUUUUAGUUGGGUUGUGAAA